AUGGAAUAUAAGCACGAUCCUGGCAGCGCACUCAGCGUUGCUUCCUCGACCGACACGCUGUCGGGGCCCAUGCCGGUGGCCGGCAAACGCCUCCACAUCCAGGCCAAAGGCAUCGGCCUGAUCCGGGUGCCGCUGCCCAUGUCGCCGAGGGAGGUUCCCAUCUACGGCGAGGACGGCUCGAUGGCCUACGUGGCCGCCAAAGACCGAACCUGGUCGCACCGAUGGCCGCUCGAUCAAAAGUCCGCCGGAAUGGCUGCGGCGGAGAAUCCAGCCACGGAGCACGGCGCUCACCCCACCGACGUGCCGCGCCCGCGAGGCUGGAUGUACAAGUCCUUCAAGCUCGGUCGCUGGAACACCAGCUGGUACGCCUCGCCGCGCAUCCAGCUGGGUAUGGUCGCCUUUGUCUGCUUCAUGUGUCCCGGCAUGUUCAACGCCCUCAGUGGCUUGGGAGGCGGUGGUAAAACCGACACCACCUUGGCCGACAACAUGAACAUCGCCCUGAACAGUACCUUUGCCGUCGUGGGCUUCUUCGCCGGCACCUUCGUCAACCGCAUGGGCAUCCGCGCCGCCCUGUCCUUCGGCGGCACCGGUUACUGCCUCUAUUCCAUCAGUCUGCUGGUGUCCGAGCACAAACACGUCCCCGGUUUCAACAUCUUCGCCGGCGCCUACCUCGGUGUCUGCGCCGGUCUGCUGUGGACCGCCCAGGGCACCAUCAUGAUGUCCUACCCCCUCGAGGAGAAGAAGGGCAGCUACUUUGCCUGGUUCUGGGCCAUCUUCAACGUCGGCGCCUGCAUCGGCAGCUUGAUUCCCCUGGGCGAAAAUAUCAAGGUCACCACCAACACCACCGUCAGCGACGGCACCUACAUCGGCUUCAUCGUGCUGAUGUUCGUCGGCGCCGUGCUGGCUCUGUUCCUCUGCGACGCCGACAAGAUCGUGCGCAGCGACGGCUCGCGCGUCAUCCUGAAGCAAUCCCCCAGCUGGCGCACCGAGUUCGUCGGUCUGUGGACCACCAUCCGCGACAACCCCUACAUCGUGCUGCUGUUCCCCAUGUUCUGGUCCUCCAACUGGUUCUACACCUACCAGCAAAACGCCAUCAACGCCGCCCACUUCGACACGCGCACCAAGGCGCUGAACGGCUUCCUCUACUGGUUCGCCCAGAUCGUGGCCGCCGUCAUCAUGGGGCCCCUGCUGGAUCUCGAGCGCUUCCGUCGCAGCGUGCGCGCCAAGGCCGCCCUCGUCUUCCUCUUCGUGCUGACCAUGGUCGUCUGGGGCGGCGGAUACGCCUGGCAGAAGGGAUACACGCGCGAGACCGUCAGCGCCCCCGACUUCGUGCCCACCGACUGGACCCAUUCCGGCUACGUCGGACCCAUGUUCCUGUACUUCUUCUACGGCAUGUACGACGCCUUCUGGCAGGGAAUCGUCUACUGGUUCAUGGGGGCCUUGGGUAACUCGGGUCGUAAGCUGGCCAACCUGGCGGGCUUCUACAAGGGACUGCAGUCGGCCGGGGCGGCCGUCAUGUGGAGUCUGGACCGCGACAAGCUGGCCUACAUGUCCGAAUUUGCCUCGAACUGGGGCUUGCUCUGCGGAUCGAUUCUGUGCGCGGCGCCCGUCGUCUUCUUCAAGAUCAAGGACCACGUCCCCGUGGAGGAGGAUCUCAAGGACACUGGCGAGACGGUGGAAGACGUGCUGCCGGAGGGCCACCCCGAGAAGCGCCAGGUGGCCGGGGUGUAG